AUGUACGAAGGGCGGGGCGCGCCGAAAAGUGCAAACUUGCGUUGUCGCUCAGGCCAGCGCAGCCCGCCCACCAACGCACAGUCAAAAGAUCUGCAGCGCCUAGAGCUCAGCUAUAUCGAGCUUAACAAGGAGCGUGCCAAACAGAAGGAAUGGAAAAAGCUAAUUCGCGACAUGGUGUUCCAGAGGGGGAAAAUUCCGUUGCUGUUGGCAGUGGAGGCCGGGAACCAGAGCAUGGUGCGUGAAUUACUCAGCGCACAGACAGCGGAACAACUGAAGGCCUGUACUCCGGCUGGCGACACAGCUCUUCAUCUCGCUGCACGCCGCCGUGACGUGGACAUGGCUCGAAUCCUUGUUGACUAUGGAGCCGUAGUGGACGCUGUGAAUGGAAGCGGAAUGACGGCAUUACAUAUAGCUGCUGCAGAAGGCGAUGAACCCCUCGUUAAAUACUUCUAUGGUGUCCGAGCUAAUGCGGGAAUUGCGGAUAAUGAAGACCGAACACCUAUGCAUCUGGCAGCUGAGAAUGGUCAUGCAGCUGUAAUCGAAUUAUUAGCUGAUAAAUUUAAAGCUUCUAUCUUCGAGCGGACUAAAGAUGGCAGUACGUUAAUGCAUAUCGCUUCAUUAAAUGGACACGCAGAUUGUGCUAUGAUGCUGUUCAAAAAAGGAGUCUACUUACAUAUGCCAAAUAAGGAUGGAGCUCGUAGCAUCCAUACAGCGGCUCGAUAUGGUCACGUGGGCAUCAUCAACACCUUAUUACAGAAAGGGGAAAGUGUUGACGUCACAACGAAUGAUAAUUACACAGCGUUACAUAUAGCAGUGGAAUCUUGCAAGCCAGCCGUGGUGGAGACCUUGUUGGGUUACGGCGCUGACGUGCAUGUAAGAGGAGGCAAACAAAGAGAAACAGCAUUACAUAUCGCAGCCAGGAUACCAGAUGGGGACAAAUGCGCGCUGAUGUUGCUAAAAUCAGGUGCAGGUCCUAAUAAGGCAACUGAAGACGGCAUGACACCUGUACACGUAGCAGCUAAGUAUGGCAAUCUAGCGACAUUAGUGCUACUGUUAGAAGACGGUGGUGACCCUCUUAGGAAAACAAAGACCGGUGAAACACCUCUUCAUAUGGCAUGUCGGAGUUGUAAACCGGAUGUUGUGAGGCAUUUAAUAGAAUUUGUAAAAAACCACAAAAGUGAAAAUGUUGCCAGGUCAUACAUUGAUACAGUUGACGAAGAUGGAGCAAGCGCUUUACAUUUCUCUUGUAAAAUUACUAAAGAAGAAGUCAAAACACCUAGUGCAGAUAGGCAAGUAGUUAAAUGUCUUCUAGAAAAUGGCGCUGAUGUUACAUUAACAACAAAACAUAAUUAUGAAACAGCAUUUCACUUUUGUGCUGUCGCGGGUAACAAUGACGUUAUGACAGAAAUGAUCCAACAUAUAUCAGCUGCUGAUGUCAGUAGAGCUCUAAACAGGCAAAAUUCAAUAGGUUGGACUCCUUUGCUGAUAGCUUGUAAUAGAGGUCAUAUGGAACUUGUUAGUACAUUAUUGACCAACCACGCCAGAGUAGAUGUAUUUGAUACAGAAGGUAGAUCAGCAUUACAUCUAGCAGCAGAACAUGGAUUCCUACAAGUUUGUGAUGCUUUAUUAACCAACAAAGCUUUCAUUAAUUCUAAAGCAAGAAAUGGCCGAACUGCUCUGCAUUUAGCUGCCAUGAAUGGGUAUGCGCAUUUAGUUAAGUUCCUAAUACGAGAUCACAACGCAGUGAUAGACGUUUUGACGUUGAAAAAACAAACUCCUUUACAUUUAGCAGCAGCUAGUGGCCAAAUAGAAGUUUGUAAACUAUUACUAGAACUUGGAGCAAAUAUUGACGCGACAGAUGAAUUGGGACAAAAGCCACUACAUGCAGCUGCACAAAAUAAUUAUAAUGAAGUGGUUCAACUUUUUUUACAACAACACCCCCAACUAGUGAUGGCUACGACAAAAGAUGGCAAUACUUGUGCUCAUAUAGCGGCUAUCCAAGGUUCAGUGAAAGUAAUAGAAGAACUUAUGAAGUUUGAUAGAAAUGGUGUCAUAUCUGCAAGAAAUAAAUUAAAUGACUCAACUCCACUACAAUUAGCCGCUGAAGGUGGCCAUGCCGAUGUUGUUCGGGCUCUUGUUCGAGCAGGAGCUUCAUGUACUGACGAAAAUCGAACAGGCCUUACAGCAGUACAUUUAGCAGCUCAAUAUGGACACACAAAUGUAUUAGAUGUUAUGAGAUCUACCAAUACGCUAAGGAUAUCAAGUAAAAAACUAGGAUUAACGCCACUUCAUAUAGCAGCUUAUUAUGGACAAGCCGAAACUGUUCGUGAGUUACUGUCUCACGUACCUGGCACAGUGAAAUCCGAAGCUCCCACAGGAGUCUCACUAGUUCCAGAAUUGGGUGCAGAGUCAGGUCUAACACCAUUACACCUAGCAGCUUAUAAUGGAAAUGAGAAUGUUGUCAGAUUACUUCUGAACUCCGCUGGUGUACAAGUGGAUGCUGCAACAAAUGAAAAUGGUUUUAAUCCAUUACAUUUAGCUUGCUUUGGAGGGCAUAUGUCCAUUGUAGGUUUACUACUCAGUAGGUCAGCAGAAUUACUUCAAAGCACAGAUAGGCAUGGUAAGACAGGCCUGCACAUAGCGUCAACUCAUGGCCAUUAUCAAAUGGUAGAAGUUCUCCUUGGUCAAGGUGCCGAAAUCAACGCAACUGAUAAAAAUGGAUGGACGCCACUACAUUGCGCUGCAAAAGCUGGACAUUUAAAUGUAGUCAAGCUUCUAUGUGAAUCUGGUGCAUCUCCUAAAAGUGAAACUAAUUUAAAUUGUGCUCCUAUUUGGUUUGCCGCUUCGGAGAAUCAUAAUGAUGUUCUUGAAUACUUGUUACACAAAGAACAUGACACUCAAUCACUUAUGGAUGAUAAAAGAUUCGUUUACAACCUCAUGGUUUGUUCAAAAAAUCACAAUAAUUUACCGAUUGAGGAAUUUGUGUUGGUGUCACCGGCGCCUGUUGAUACUGCAGCGAAGCUAUCCAAUAUUUAUAUUAAUUUAUCCACUAAGGAAAAGGAGCGUGCCAAAGACCUCAUAGCGGCAGGAAAACAAUGCGAGGCUAUGGCCACCGAAUUACUGGCGCUAGCAGCCGGUGCAGAGUCUGCCGGUCAUAUUCUUACCGCUACAGAUAACAGAAAUAUUGAAUUUUUGGAUGUAUUAAUAGAAACUGAACAAAAAAAUGUCAUUGCACAUACUGUAGUCCAGAGAUAUCUUCAGGUACCACAUACCCUGCAUCAACCUACCCCAAUUUCUGCCGUGUCGAGUGAAAAGAAUGUGGUCCAUGUGUCGUAUUGUCUUCUAGCGACGUUGUCAUCGUACGAGGCGUUGGAGAGACUGUUCUUGGCCAUUUUUGGACAGAUAACUCUCUCAGACCUGAACUACCAAUCCAACGUGCGCCCGCCAUGGACUCAGAAUCUAUUCAAGUUCGUCUUUGGUGCUUACUUGCUGAUGUCGGUCGUGGUGCUCAUGUCAAUCCUCAUUGCGAUGAUGUCGAACACUUACCAACGCAUACAGGCACAAUCUGAUAUAGAGUGGAAAUAUGGGUUGUCAAAGCUGAUUCGUAACAUGCAUCGUACAAACACUGCACCUUCCCCCCUAAACUUAGUCACUACUUGGCUCAUGUGGCUUAUUGCCAGGUGUAAGGAUCGAAUAAGUAAGAAGAAGCGACCAAGUUUAGUUCACAUGAUUGGAUUGCAGAGACAAGAUCAGAUGAGUGCCCGAUCCAAGGCUGGAGUCAAAUGGCUGUCUAAGGUCAAGCGUGGACAAGUUGUGCCCAAAGAUUCAACGCGUCUAUCUGUAGUCCACUUAAGUCCUUUGGGCUCCCAGUUAAGUUUCAACAAUGCUACUAAGAUAGAAAACGUCGUAGAUUGGGAAAUCAUUGCCAAGAAAUACAGGGCCCUUAUGAGGGCUGAACCAGAAGAACCCAUCAACAUUGAAAAUGAAGAAGAUACCGCUGACAACGUUUCAGAAGUAGUGCCUAAUAAUAUAUCAAAUGCUCCACCUUGA